AACACCGUGCGCACGAUCGCCAUGGACGGGACGGAAGGGCUGGUGAGGGGACAGAAGGUGCUGGACUCCGGCGCGCCCAUCCGCAUCCCCGUCGGCCCCGAGACCCUGGGCAGGAUCAUGAACGUCAUCGGGGAGCCCAUUGAUGAGAGGGGACCCAUCACAACGAAACAGUUUGCUGCUAUCCACGCCGAAGCCCCCGAGUUUGUGGAGAUGAGCGUUGAACAGGAGAUCCUGGUGACGGGGAUCAAGGUGGUGGAUCUGCUGGCUCCCUAUGCCAAGGGUGGCAAGAUCGGUUUGUUUGGAGGUGCUGGUGUUGGCAAGACUGUGCUGAUCAUGGAGCUGAUCAACAACGUGGCCAAAGCCCACGGCGGUUACUCGGUGUUUGCUGGCGUGGGGGAGCGAACCCGUGAGGGCAACGACUUGUACCAUGAGAUGAUUGAGUCUGGGGUCAUCAACCUGAAAGAUGCCACUUCUAAGGUCGCCCUGGUCUACGGGCAGAUGAAUGAGCCCCCGGGCGCCCGUGCCAGAGUGGCCCUGACGGGGUUGACGGUGGCCGAAUACUUCAGGGACCAGGAGGGUCAGGAUGUGCUGCUCUUCAUCGACAACAUCUUCCGCUUCACCCAGGCCGGCUCCGAGGUCUGUGCUUG